CACGAAUAAUUUGAUUUCUCUAAGUUUGUAACAUUAUCUACUCAAUUUUAAUCAGAAAAACAUGAAUAACUCCCAGAACGCAAGCUACCAAGCUGGCCAAGCCAAGGGCCAAGUCCAGGACAAGGGCAACCAGAUGAUGGACAGGGCUACCAAUGCUGCACAAUCUGCAAAGGAAUCGUUACAGGAGACGGGGCAACAAAUGCAGGCCAAGGCACAAGGGGCGGCAGAUGCAGUUAAGAAUGCCACUGGCUUCAACAAAUGAAAUUCUAUUCUUGAUUGCAAUCAGACUGGCUCAUUUUUUUUUUUAAUCCCCUCUUAAUAAAUUGAAGUUCUGUUUUCAUUUUAAAUUAGGAAAGCAUUUUGGUUACUUAGUAUAUUGUCAACUUUCUUAAUGACAUUCUUUCUUUCAAUCUAAUAAUAGUGUUGGUUCCGUCGAAUUUCUGAA